CAAACACACCAUCACAGUGUCCCAUGCGACCCUGUCUGUUUCUGUAGGGGUUGUUGAAUUUCUGCCCUCCUGCCUGAUCUCAGGACAGCUAACCUGACGGAAACUGAACAUACGAGCAGCUUUCUAGUCUCUAAUUGUGUUCAGUGAGCGGCAACGCUCUCAGCUCAGCAAACAGCAGUCACACACUUUCAGCAGAUGGCCUCUCUGCCACAGGCGAACAUGGCAUCGGUGUCGCUCAGCUCCCGCCUCAACAAGGCCGUGCGCCAGCAGUACAUGAGCCUGCCUCAGGGGGAGAGGGUCCAGGUUACCUACAUCUGGAUUGAUGGCAGCGGGGAGGGUCUGCGCAACAAGACCCGGACCCUAGAUGUUGAGCCACAAACCAUUGAUGAUAUUCCUGAGUGGAACUUCGAUGGCUCCAGCACAUACCAGGCGGAGGGCUCCAACAGUGACAUGUACCUCGUCCCAGUGCGCAUGUUCAGGGAUCCUUUCACCCAAGACCCCAACAAGCUGGUCCUCUGUGAGGUGCUCAAAUACAACCGCUUACCUGCAGAAACUAACCAUCGGAUGAACUGCAACAAAGUGAUGGAGCAGGUUAAAGAGCACAUUAUUUGGUUCGGCAUAGAGCAGGAGUACACGCUGUUGGGAAUAGAUGGACAUCCCUAUAGCUGGCCCACAAAUGGAUUCCCAGCACCCCAAGGACCCUACUACUGUGGGGUGGGGGCAGACAAAGCCUUUGGACGGGACAUUGUGGAGUGCCACUACAAGGCCUGCCUCUAUGCUGGGGUCAAUAUCUACGGCAGCAAUGCUGAAGUCAUGCCAUCUCAGUGGGAGUACCAGGUGGGACCCUGUGAAGGAAUUGAGAUGGGAGACCAUCUGUGGGUUUCACGCUUCCUGCUGCAUCGUGUGUGUGAAGAUUUUGGAGUUGUUGCAACACUGGACCCCAAACCAAUGACGGGCAACUGGAAUGGCGCUGGUUGUCACACCAAUGUCAGCACCAAGCAGAUGAGGGAAGAAGGAGGACUGGAGUUUAUUGAGCAGGCCAUUGAGAAGCUGAGCAAAAGGCACAAGGAGCACAUCCAGGUGUAUGACCCGAGGGGGGGGAAGGACAACAUGAGGCGUCUCUCAGGACACCACGAAACCUCUAGCAUCCAUGACUUCUCUGCUGGAGUGGCCAACCGAGGGGCCAGCAUCCGCAUCCCCCGCCCGGUGGGUCAGGAGAAGAAAGGCUACUUCGAGGACCGUCGACCUUCAGCUAACUGUGACCCGUACGCCGUGACCAAGGCCAUCGCAUACACCUGCCUGCUUCAUUCAGAAGACAUGGAGGAGAGCGAAGAAGAGAACAUACCUGCUAUGUAGAAAAAUAUACAAAUAAACAUCUGCCUGCUAGUUAGACACUUGAAAAAUGUGGGGACAUAAAGGAUUCAGGUUUAUUGAUGUUGCUAUAUUUAUUAUGAGAUACAUUUUCACGAGAUACAGUACUAGUAAAUGUUUCUAGAAACAGGGAAUAUCACUUUAUGUAUGUUAAGCCUAUGUAUUAUUAUUACAUGUGUUGGGUAAAGAGAAAUAAAGACACAGCAGUGCUCUACUUGC